AGAGAGUUUCCAUAUUCUAAGAAAAAUCUUGCAGUUCUAUAAGACGAACAGCGCAUGCGCUUCAAUCUGAACAUCCCGCGCCAAGCACAGUACCAGGAAGUGGUUCCCAAAGGUUAACGUGGAUAGUUUGUUUAUUGUCAAAGUUAUAAAUGAGACCUUUUUACGAAUGGUCAUAACAUAUCAGACAGGGUGUUUUGGAAGACAGCUCAAUAUUCCGAUAAUAUGCAGAGAUGUGCUGAAUGUAAGUCCUAUUUAGCUAACAUCAGCACUCGGAUAUUAACAUCACGGCAACGGCAACGGGUCAGCCCGGGCAGUAGCCUAAGCUUUUGUCAACUCUACCACGAUGCCCUCGCUCAAAAUUAAAGGGGUAACAGUGGACUUCCCCUUCACACCAUAUCCAUGUCAGACGGACUACAUGAGUAAAGUCAUUGAAUGCCUACAAAACAAGGUGAAUGGGGUCCUGGAGAGCCCGACUGGUACGGGCAAGACGCUGUGCCUGCUAUGCGCCACCCUGGCGUGGAGACAGUACUUCAAGGACACCAUCUCCGCCCGCAAGAUCGCAGAGAAGAUGGGAGGGGCUGAGCUCUUCUCUGACAGGCCCCUGUCAUCUUGGGGUACCUCGGCCACGGAUGGGGACUCGCCAAUGUACUACACUGACGUCCCGAAGAUCAUAUAUGCAUCACGUACACACUCCCAGCUCACGCAGGUCAUCGGAGAGCUCAGGAACACCUCAUACAGGCCAAAAGUGUGUGUUCUUGGCUCGCGUGAACAACUUUGUAUUAAUCAGGAAGUGAUGAAACAGGAAAGCAAUCACGUGAAGGUUCACAUGUGCAGGGCCAAGGUGUCAACACGCUCGUGUCUUUUCUACAACAAUGUCGAAGAGAAGAGCACCGAUAAAGAGAUCAUCAACUCCAUAUUGGAUGUGGAGGAUCUAGUGAAAGCCGGCAAUAAGCAGAGGGUAUGCCCAUACUACUUGUCCCGGUCUUUAAAGCAGCAGGCUGAGAUCAUCUUCAUGCCGUACAACUACCUCCUGGACCCUAAGAGUCGCAGGGCCCACAACAUUGAGCUGCAGGGGGCCGUGGUCAUCUUUGAUGAGGCGCAUAACGUGGAAAAGAUGUGUGAGGAGUCGACGUCGUUCGAUCUGACCCCGUAUGACCUGACCUCAGCUCUGCAGGCUGUGGACAAGCUACUGCACGAGCAGGUAGGGGAUGCUGGGAAGGAGGAGGACCUCAGUGAGACCUCCAGCUCUGCUCUGAAGCUCGACAUAACAAGUGUAGCCAAAAUAAAGCAGAUUAUAAUGGACCUAGAGAUGAACAUCAACACUUUUGAGAUUCCACCAAGCAGUCAGGGUAUUACUAAACCUGGAAGCUUUAUCUAUGAGCUCUUCCAGAAGGCCCAGGUGACCUUUGACACCAAGACGUCUGUGGCGGAGACCAUUGACCAGAUCACGGGAUACCUCUCCAGUCAACCUGGAAUUUUCCUCAACACAAGUGGGUUGCAGAAGCUAGGUGACAUCAUCCAGUUGGUGUUUGUAGGCGAAGCAGCAGAGGCAAGUGGUGUGCAUUUGGAGAAGAGAACGCGGCAGUUUAAGGUUCACAUUCACGCCGACACCAGCAGCUCCAGGAAGAAGCAGAACGCUGAUGUGUGGGCUCCAGCCUCCUCCAAAAAACAAGGGAACGUGCUGAGCUACUGGUGUUUCUCUCCGGGCUUCAGCAUGCAGGAGUUGGUGCAGCAGGGCGUGCGCUCCAUCAUCCUCACCAGCGGCACCCUCUCCCCCCUGUCCUCAUUCACCGCAGAGAUGCAGAUUCCGUUCCCUGUGAGUCUGGAGAACCCACACGUUAUCCAGCGUGAUCAGAUCUUCGUCAGCGUCAUAGACAAGGGCCCAGAUGGAACAAUUCUCAGCUCUGCCUUUGACAGGAGGUUUCUACCAGCGAACAUGGCGUCAUUGGGCAACACUGUUG